AUGCGUUCUUGUCGAAUUGUCGGUGAGUUUUUGAUUAUUUAAUUUUUGAUAUAAUUUUUUAAGCAUCGGAUUAUAGUAAUUAGUUGAAAUUUGGGUACUAAAAUUUUGGUAAUUCGAAAGAGUUUUCAGAUUGAGAAAUAUGUUUUUAUAGAUAAUAAUUGUUUCAGAUCGAGUGUUUUCAAUAAAUUCUGACAAUUUGAAUAACACUGUUAAGUUCAAAUUGUUUUAUGUCCCUUUAAUUUAGCAUGAGUCACUUUGUGAGUUCAAAAAAUCAAAAUGUUGCUAGAAUUAAGGUUUACCUGUAACUGUGACAAUCAUAUCAUUACAAGAUAUAAUUAUUUCAAAACCCUGUGGUACAAAACUUACCCAAAGUAUAUUUGGGACCUUGCAAUAUUACAAAGUUGUCCAAUCUAUGAUUUUUGAAAUAAUCUUACUCCGGAGAAUGCUUUUCAAUCCCGAAGUGUUCUUUAAAGAUUUUGUGCUAUUUUUUUCUGUUUUAUUUGAAGUGUUCAUAAGCAAGAUCCAGAAAGUUUGUUUAAAUUAUUGAUUCAUCAAAAAUUUCUGAAAACUUAUUAUACAUUCAUUUGAAAAAAACUGGAUAUUCAAUUUAUGAUUUUUUUCCAAUUUUUUUCUAGUUACACUUCUAAAAAAUUGAUUAUGAACAUCUAGAAAUUUUUGAAAAAUUUCAUAACCUCUAUAAAAAACUGUCAACAUACAAACUCGGAAAAAUAAUUUUAUUACCAUUGUCCCUUUUUCCCACGUCACACAUAAUAAUGUUUCAUUUUAUCAUAUGAAUUUUUAUGUAAUAAUAACCUUUUUAUUACCCAAGAGAGAGUUCUAACGAUUUUUUCUGGUCAAGAUGUAUCCAGGAAUUGAAUAACAAACGCUAUCGAAAUUUCUUUCAUGUUUAUUAUUUACUAAUGAUGCUCAACAUGAAAAAACAUCAUAAUAGAAAGAAGAAAAGAAAAAUGAACACGUGGAUUAUUUAAUGACACAUAUAAUAUGUGUAUUUUAUCAGUUUUAGAUUAAACGGUAAUUAUAAUGCAAUCAUCGUUUUUUUCCAGUUUUCUUGGCGACUAUUGCAAGUGUCUUUGCAGUUGAUAGUGAGGGAACAAAUUUCGUGUUUGGUUUUGUUAGAAAUGCUAAUCCGGAUAUAACAAAUCAAGUGCUAUCUGCAACAGUUUUGAAUCAAAAUCCUGCUGAAUGCGUUUUUACAUUAAGAUACAGAUCAAAUUAUGAUAAGAGAACUCAACCAGUUCAAUCAACCACAACACUUCCAGUCAAUUCUUCAACAACAGUAAACAUAUUUUUUUCCAAAUGAUAAUAAAUUCAAAACCAUUUGUUUUCUUUAGAUUCCAAUCCCCUCCUGGUAUGGUUUCAAUUAUACUGGUUAUGGAGUCCAAGACGAUUUAUAUUUGACUCUUCAAGCAACAUCAACUUGUAAUGUUACUGUUCUUGCCAAUAAUUAUGAUAAUGUAACAAAUCAAGGAGAUACUUAUAUGGUUCUUCCAACAACUUGGGGAUCAACAAGUUUCACAUUUUCUCUGCCGCCAGCGGUCGUUUCAACAACUGCAAGACAAUAUGAACAAGUUUUUGUUUUUCCAACAACUUCGGUAAGUGGGAUUAUUAGAGCUAGCUGAAAAUUUCUUUAACAAGGAAAGUAGACAGGCUUCUGAAAUUAACAUUUGUAUGUAUAGAGUUGGCGAGUUACUUAUAUAACUUACAAGAAUUGUGAUUGUUCCUUAACACAUACUUUUGGAAAGCUUCAUCUAAUCUUAUAAAAACAUACUUGCUGAAAAUACUUUCCUCUAACUCACUCAGUCAAAAUGUUUUCCCAAAAUGUUUCUAUUUUUCAGGGAUACACAAAUGUUGCGAUUGUUGAAAUUGGUUUGAGUGCAUCCUCAAUCGCUAUGAAUAUUUCAAAUGGUGAUAGUCCAGCAGCAUAUAUUGGAACUCGCACACCAGAUACUCGGCCAAGAACCUAUCACGUAAUUUCUGACAAACCUGUUUUAAUUGUAGCCGGUGUUACUUGCGCUGGACAAGUUGAUAGUAAUUGUGAUCAUGUUGCUUAUAUGCCACAUCCACAAGCCGCAACUGGUUGGUUUUAUUUCAAAUUUUAUUCUGUACAUAGAAGUCGAAUAUAUUUUCAGAUUGUUACUCAUAUGAUUACUAUGAUGAUGAUCACAUCAGUUAUGUCCCAACUACUUACUCAUUUUUUACCGAUAUUCCAGGAAGUUGUUCAGUUGGACAAAAUGUGAGCUUGAAAACAUGUUUUUCGUUUGAGACUGAAAAUCUUUCCAGAUCACUUACACUUUGAAUGACGGUACAAGUUAUGGUAUUACAAUCAAACCAGCAAUGGAAUCCCCACUUUGGAAUGUGAGAACAACCACAGAUUCACAAAAAGGUGUUUCUUUCCAUAAUGGGUAAGACAGUUUGAGAAAAAUUAUAACAAUUUACAAAAAUUUUAGAGGUUCAAACAUUCACAUCGCAAGAUAUUAUGACGGUUCCAAAACUACUUCAACAUCUGGUGCAUUUAUUGCUACCUCUCCAUCUACCACACAAUAUCAUGUUGAUUAUACACCAUUCCACACUAGAAAUGCUAACGAUACUCUUGAAGUAUACUGUACUGUAGUCGCUUGUGCUUUCCUUCAACUUGAUGGCGUUCUCAUCUAUGAUCAUAACUCGAAUCCAACAAUUCAACGAGUUGAUGGAGUUGCUUAUUACAUUUUCUAUAUCACUGUUCCACAAGCUGGUUUCCAUCAACUUUACAUUGAUCCAUCUAAAAAAGGAACAUAUUCAUUCUUUGUGUUUGGAAAGAAUGGACAAUAUUCUUAUGGUUAUGAAGGAGGUGUUAAUAAACCAUAUGUUGUAUUGGCACCGCAAACUACAACAACACCAGGAACUGCACCAAGUAAGAUAUCAACAGUCACCCAACCACUCACUACCCCGCUUUCACCGGUCACACAAUCCACAGCUACUGCACAACCAAGUAAGAUAAAUAAUAAAAAGGUUUGACUGAUCUUAUGAUUUUCAGUCACACAAUCCACUGCCACCACCCAAAACGCAGCCACUACUACUAAUAUUAAUACAGGUAGAACUAUUAUCUCGACUCAGAAUCCAACAACUGGUGCAAAUCCCCAGACCUCAGUUAACCCCGCUACCUCUCAACGACCAAUGACUACAUCUGGAGCAGUGACUAACCCAGCCACAUCAGCUGGACCAAUCACUAACCCAGCCACAUCCCCCAACCCUAUCACAACCACAGGUUCAAUUACAAACCCAGCCACCUCCCCGAAAACUAUGACCACCGUCGCACCAAUCACAAACCCAGCCACAUCAGCGAACCCAGUAACUACAGCUGGGCCAAGCACUAACCAAGCCACAUCCACUAACCCUACCACAACCACAAAUGCCAAUACAAACCCAGCCACCUCACCGAAAACUUUGAGCACCGUUGCCCCAAUCACAAACCCAGCUACAUCAGCUAAACCAGUUACCACAGCUCGACCAAGCACAAACCCAGCUACAUCGGCUAAACCAGUUACCACCGGUGCACCAAUCACAAACCCAAUCACAUCCCCUAACCCUAUCACAAGCAGUACUGGAAAACCCGCCACUUCCCCAAUUGUGACUUCUGUGCAGAGCUCCACAAGAGCUGGAAGAACAAGUAAGAUUGAAGCCCUUUCAGUGAAAAAAUAUUGAAAACCUUUUUUUGUCGAUGACAAAUUAUAUUUGUCAUCAAAAAAUAAUUGGUUGCUCGUGUUCAUGAGCAAUUAAAAAUGAAAAAAAAGAUUUGUGAUUUUUCCGAAUGAAAAUUUGGUUUUUCUAACCUCUGAUUUUCAGCCGCUCCUGUAACCUCCGUUGCGCCUGUUACCUCCGCUGCUCCAGUCACUUCCGGUGCUCCCAUAACCUCUGCAGCUCCAAUCACUUCAGCUGCACCAAUUACCACUGGACCACUCACUCCAGUAACAUCCGCUAUUCCAGUUACUUCUGCCGCCCCAGCUUCAACUGCAGGCCCAAUCUCUACUGCAGCUCCAGCAUCAUCGGCAGCUCCAGGUUCAACUGCACUUCCAGGAUCAUCAGCUGCGCCAGUAACGACUUCUUCUCCAGUGACAACUCCAGCUCCACAAACUCAGGCUCCACCAGUAACCACAGUUGCACCGAACACAACCCCAACAACAAAACCACCAACAACAAAGACCACCAAGAUAACAACCACAACUACAACACAAUCCACUACCACAUAUUAUACAACCACUCAAUCGUCUACUCAAUUAACUUUCUAUCUUUCAACAAUUAUUUCAUUAUUCAUCCUUUUCAAUUAA